UUCUUCUAAUUGUUGUUGUAAUUAUACUGUGCUAGUCCAAAAUUAUGUGAAAAUGCAUGUACAGUUUUAGUGAAAUACCAGAACUUAUGUCUCAUUGCCUACAGAUCAUGUGACCGACCUAGGGUAGAUCUGAAUUAUUAUUAUUAUUUUAUUUGCUAUUUUGGGCCACAAAGACGUUCACACACACACACUUACAAAUAAAAAUUUAAUUUAAAAAACAACUUUUACAAAAGGAUACUUUGGGCAUCAAGGGGCAAAGGGGCAGGUGCUCCAGCUCCCUCUGCAUGUGCCUGACUGCAUUGAGGAUAUCAUGACUUUUGACAGCUGUUGUUUGCACACUAAACAAAUUGAGGUUUUUUUUUUAUUAUUUUUGUUUGGGUUGGGCUAUAUUUGCAGCCCUUUAUGCUCUGUUUCAAAAUACCGGUUGGCUCUGCUAUGCAACAGGUUCACUGUUCUGUGUAAACUGAAGUUGUUUGUGCUUUCCUUUCAGGUGUAAUUUUAUCCCCCAGCCAGCAUAUCGCUCUGACAUUGCCUGCCCGUCGAAUGAAAGGACAGUUUUUCAAAGUCAUGAGUGGUCACAUUCUGAGAGCAAGAAAUGUGUGGAUCUUCUGCUGCCUUGUGCUGCUUGUUCUUGGUGUCAUUUCCUUAAACUCAAGGUACUUAACAGACACUAUAAUGAGGACGGAUCUGCCGGUGGCCGUUACAGAAUCAUCAAGACAAUAUGUUAAUGUGGACGACACGCUCAACUUUGAGGCCAGACCAGCAGUUCAGACACGCACAUCUUGGAGAGCUCCGAUCAUCUGGGAGGGAAUGUUUGACCCCAAAGUUUUCGACCAAAAGCACAUCCAAGAAAAUUCAACAGUGGCCCUCACCGUGUUUGCUGUGGGAAGGUACCUGGAUGCGUAUCUGAAGACUUUCCUCAUGUCAGCAGAACAGCAUUUUAUGUUGGGAUUACCGGUGACGUAUUACGUGUUCACAGAUUUACCAGACAAGGUGCCGAACAUCACAGUCGCUCCUCAGCGAAGCCUGAAAGUCAUGCAGAUAUCGAAGCACAACCGGUGGCAGGACAUCUCCAUGAUGCGAAUGAAGACGAUAUCGGAAGCGAUCGAGUUGGAGCUCCGUCACCUCUUCAGAUACGUCUUCUGCUUUGACGUGGAUCAGGAGUUUAAGGGGAGGUUCGGCUCUGAGGCUCUGGGGGAUUCUGUGGCCUUGCUCCAUGCCCACUAUUACAAAGCAAAGGAACCUGCUUUCACCUACGACAGAAACGUCAAAUCCAAAGCCUUCAUGAAAACCGGAGAUUACUACUACCACGCUGCCAUCUUUGGAGGCACAUGGGAAAAUGUGAAGCAUUUGGCAGAUGCCUGCUACCUGAACAUCAUGGAGGAUAAACUGAAUGACGUGGAGGCUCUGUGGCACGACGAGAGUCAUCUAAACAAAUACUUUUGGAUUCAUAAACCAAGCAAGCUGCUCUCCCCUGAGUACUGCUGGGACGAAAGCAUCGAUGAUAAGUCGGACAUCCACAUCUUCCGCCUCGUAUGGGCGCCAAAGCAUUACGACACACUUCGUACUUCAUAGAACGGCCAGACAAUCACAACAGAAUACUCUUUAUGAGGAAAAGUGUACAGCUAUUUACUACAAGCUUCGGAUCGGUUCUUACACAC